AAGAAGGUCAUCGAUGCCAAGGUGCAGAAGGGUGGAUAAACGUACCAAGUCCAAGGUGGUCAAAGGACCGCACCGUACCCACGAAAAUCUUUGCCGACUCGCAGCCGUACGACAUCACCAAGUGCUCACUGAAGAAGGAAGCCGCUAUGGAGAAGAUCGAGGAAAACAACACGCUGGCCCGAACCACGUCAAAGUCGCAGCCAAGAAGCUGUAUGGCGUCAAAUUGCACACCAGUGUCGUGGCCGGAUGGCAAAAAGAAGGCGUACGUGCGGCAGGCGCGCGACAACGACGUCCUGGGCACAGCCAACAAGAUCGAUGUUAUCAUAUUUGUUCAUUCUAA